AUGCCCCAAUCACAGCUUGGCAUCAAGGCGCUUCGGGCAAAGUUCCCGGCUCUUCAGCAGGACCAAGUCUUUCUCGACAACGCGGGUGGAAGCCAAAUUCUAGGAGCCGCAGCUGACUCGAUCCGAGAUUACCUCAUUACCUCGAAUGUGCAGAUGGGCGCGUCGUAUGGCGUAGGCAGGCUCUCAGCGGCAAAAGUGGACAAAGGCUACGAGGCAGCUGCACGAUACAUCAAUGCACUGCCUGAUGAAAUUGUUUACGGCGCGUCGUCAACUCAACUGCUGCGCAACCUCGCACUGGCCCUUACCUUUGCUCAAGGUGACGAGGUAAUCGUAUCAACCCUCGACCACGAGGCAAACAUCGCGCCAUGGCUAGACCUAGCUGAGCGACAAGGACUUACAGUCAAGUGGUGGACUCCAGAAGGACAAGGCAACAAUCCGAAGCUGACAGUCGAGAGCUUAAAGCCGCUCUUAUCCGGCAGGACGAGAUUUAUCGCCUUGACUCAUUGUACCAACCUUCUCGGAUCAAUCCACGACAUCAAGGCCAUCGCUGCGGCUGCUCAUGAGUACCCGAAUGUUUUUGUUUGUGUCGAUGGAGUAGCUUACGCGCCUCACCGACCCAUCGACGUCAAGGAUCUAGGCGUUGACUUCUAUUGUCUCUCAUGGUACAAAGUCUUUGGCCCUCAUAUUGCAAUGCUCUACGGCAGUCGUGAGGCUCAGAAACAGCUUCGUCCCCUGGGCCACUACUUCAACCCCGCAGAAAGUCUGUCCGACAAGGCUGGAUUCUCUGCUGGAAGCUAUGAGUUGAUAGCGAGUAUAUCUGUCGUGGUUGACCAUCUUCUUGCUGAAAGCUGGGAUAAGAGUAUCCAGCAAGAGACGGAAAUUCAGAAAUUACUCCUCGACUACUUGACCAAACGAGAUGACGCAACGAUUUACGGAGAACCGAGUUCGGACCCCAGCAAGCGUUUACCUAUUGUCAGCUUCACUAUCGACGGCUGGAACUCUCGCAGUGUCUUAGCAGCUAUUGAAGCAAACUCGAAUCUGGGGUUGAAGCAUGGUCACUUUUACUCUCAUCGUUUGGUGAAAGAGGUUCUAGAUCUUGAUACAACUGACGGAGUUGUUCGAGUAAGCAUGGCCCAUUAUAACACUUGCGAGGAGAUUCAGACUGUUAUAGAUACCUUACAGAACAUUAUUGUCAAGCGAUGA